AUCUUGACGGACAUCUAAAUGACGACGAAUUUUUUGCUGUUAAAAUCGAAGUAAAAUAAAUUCAAUAUAAUUUUCAGUUUUUUUCCCCUCCCAAGUUAAGCAAUUUUUCGGUGCUGGUGAAGUUGUAAUCCAUUCUGUGUGUGUGUGUUUGUGCAUGUAUUAGGCAACGGCAACUCCCGCGAAUAAUACAAAUACGUUAACCAGUCGAAGUUAAGAGUUAUGAAUUUAAGCCAACCACAAUGGUAUUCCCUACCAGCGGUGGCAUUAACUCAAAUUUUUGAUUAUCUGGAUCCAGUUUCCCGAAGAUCAGCGUCAAGUGUCUGCUUUUUCUGGCGGCAAUGUCUAUUUCAAAAACGUUACUUUAAGAACUUUCGCUUUCAACUUGAUGUGGCACACGAUGAUCAAUUGGCGUUCUUCCAUCGUAGUAUGGCCAAUUUGGCCAAAGAGCUGGUCAUAGUCUUCGAUUUUCAUAAUGCUUUUCACAUACAAAAAAUGCGACGGCUACUGUACAAAGUGGCACGCUGUGAUAACAUCCAGGCCUUGCGUUUCCAAACCCACAAUGUUGGCCUUGUGGCCGCUGGGAGUAUGCAUAGUGAACAUUUGGUGGCCAUAGAACAAUGCUUUGUUGAGCCUUUAAAGUUAUUUGUAGGGCGCAAGCGUCAAUCAUGCCAGAUACUGGAUUUGGGUGCCAUUGAGGCUCUGACAUAUUAUGGUCAAGAUUUUCUCAAAGCCAUGGGCAAGCCUCAGGAGUUAAGACAACUAACUUUGGCGAGCAUUAAAUAUGAUCCUAGUCAUUAUCCCAUCUUAACGCUGGAUACAACUUUAAUGCAGAAAUGUGCUGCCUUGCAUGUGCUAUCUCUGGAUUAUGAUACACUAAGUGAUGAUUUGUUGCACACCAUUCAAGUGCUGCCCUUGAGUAAAUUUCUAAUUGUUGUCCAUGGUCUGGAUAGCAAUGAGGAGCAGCAGGCUGUUGUCUCGGAGACAGCUUGGGCAAAUUUUUCAGCCCAUUUCAAUAGUAUCCGUCUGGUGCUUACUUUGGUCUAUGCUUAUGAGGCAAUUGAAUUGCUCCAGAUGCGUAUAUUGCGACGCAAUAUGCCCGUAACGGAUGUCCGGUUGCUCUUCUGUGAGUACAUGAAUGCUGAGGCCUUGGACUGGAUGUCAGUGCAUAAUAGUGAUACACUGCGUAGCAUAUAUUAUAUUGAUUCGGCCUACAAGCAUUCCAAUAAUCGCAUGGAUUUUACACGGCACAGUUUUAUGCGACAGGAUCCAUUCGUUAUGAUGGCCUGGCGUUGCAAACAGCUUGAGGAAAUAGUGGUGCACGGCUAUGUAAUGGAUCCGCACAAUCUGGUGGGUAUUGCCAGACUUCGAGGUAGACAAUUGAAACGUCUGGAGGUAUCCAUGAUCGAUUGGUCUAGUGCGGCCGCCUUAAAUGCCUUCAAUGAGGAAAUCUGCACAUUACUGGAUCAACAGUGGGCACCCAUUAGCACGGACAAACUGCCGCCAUCGCUUGACUAUGGUCCUGUCGACUAUGAGGUUUGCGAUCAAUUUGUCUACGAAUUGCUACGCAAGGACUUAAGGAGCCACUAAAAAAAUAGAAAGAAAAAACAAACAAAAAAAAAAAAAACAACAGAGAACCAAACUAAAAAACAAAACACAGCAAUUAUCAUGACGCAUAAUUAUAGAAAAUUAAUUACUUACGUAGCUAAACAAGAAAAACAAAACAAAACAAACAAAAAAAUAGAUAAGAAAACACACGAAAAACUGAUAAUGAGAAACUCUUACAAAAUUUAAGCAAAGACUUUAAGAAACAAAAAAAAAAAAA